AUGUCUACAAACUCGAUAAAAUUACUCGCCAGCGAUGUGCAUAGAGGACUCGCUGAAUUAGUUGCGAGGAGGCUAGGUUUGCACAUACUACCAUGUGAGUUGAAAAGGGAAUCCACGGGGGAAGUUCAAUUCUCUAUUGGGGAAUCAGUUAGAGACGAAGAUGUUUUUAUUGUUUGUCAGAUUGGUUCUGGCGAGGUAAAUGACAGGGUGAUUGAGCUCAUGAUCAUGAUUAACGCUUGUAAAACAGCUAGUGCUAGAAGAAUCACCGUUAUAUUGCCAAACUUUCCUUACGCAAGACAAGACCGAAAAGAUAAGUCGCGUGCUCCCAUCACUGCGAAGCUAAUGGCCGACAUGUUGACGACUGCUGGGUGCGACCAUGUUAUCACCAUGGAUUUGCACGCUUCUCAGAUUCAAGGAUUCUUUGAUGUCCCAGUGGAUAAUUUGUAUGCCGAGCCUAGUGUUGUUAGGUAUAUAAAGGAGAAAAUAGAUUACAAGAACGCAAUAAUCAUUUCGCCGGAUGCUGGUGGUGCCAAGAGAGCUGCAGGGCUCGCAGACAGGCUCGACUUGAACUUUGCAUUGAUUCACAAAGAGCGUGCAAAGGCAAACGAAGUCUCUAGAAUGGUGUUGGUGGGUGACGUGAGCGAUAAAGUUUGUGUUAUUGUUGACGAUAUGGCAGACACAUGUGGUACCUUGGCGAAAGCUGCAGAGGUUUUAUUGGAGAACAAUGCGAAAGAAGUGAUUGCCAUUGUAACACAUGGUAUUUUGUCUGGUAAUGCCAUGAAGAAUAUCAAUAACUCUAAACUUGAGAGGGUCGUAUGUACAAAUACGGUUCCUUUUGAGGAUAAGUUGAAGUUGUGCAACAAGUUGGAUACCAUUGAUGUUUCAGCUGUUAUUGCCGAGGCUAUAAGGAGAUUGCACAAUGGUGAGAGUAUCUCUUAUUUGUUCAAAAAUGCACCUUUAUAA